AUGUCAAACAGCUAUAGGAAACAUUCAGAUCGAAACCCCAAAUCUAUAGGAGGAAACAAUACACGACAGAGGUCAAACGUACCAAUUCCUGAAAGAAAAGCUUUAGCGCAAUACAGAGUUGUUCAACGUGAUUUAGUGUAUGUGAUAGGAAUUCCGACAGAAAUUGCACAAGAGUCAGUACUAUCCAAGUAUGAGUACUUUGGGCAAUAUGGACCUAUCAAAAAGAUCGUUGUCAACUCAAAUCCACUUCAUAACCAAAAUUUUAAGCGCCCUACUGUUAGCGCAUACGUCACUUUUAUUAAUAUCUCAGAUGCUUUAGAGUGUAUCUAUAGCCUUGAAGAUUUUUCAUACAACGGGUACAAUAUCAAAGCUUCGUUAGGAACGAGCAAAUAUUGUACGAAUUUUUUAUGUAACCAACCUUGUACUAACCAUGACUGCAUGUAUUUGCAUCAGAUCGGCAAUCCAGACGAUUCCUUUACAACAGAUGAAAUCCAAGAGUUUACGGAGCGAUUUACUUCUAUCACGCGUCCAUCACGCCCUAGUGAUUAUAACAAGUAUAAGUUUCAGGAUGCAAAACCAACCGUAUUCCCACCGCGUAGAAUUUUAACAAAAACAACAGAUUUGACAGAUUCGACGCAAACACAACAUUCAUCACCACAACAGCAAUACAAUAACGCGGAAGAUGGCGAAUACUACUCAUUAGGGGAAGAAGAUCAAGAAACUAUACAGAAUAACGAAGAGGAAGAAUCUCGUCAGACAGAGAGUCUUUCUAAUAUAUUUAAAUAUCGCCCGCUUACAGUACCUCCUUUGUCGGCUGAUUAUACAGUCGGAAUGUCUUUAGAAAAGCAAUUGAAUCUCGGAACUUCUUCAGUUCGAAGCAUUCUUGAAAAAUUAGUAUAA